AUGGAAAAGGGUCAUGAUCAGGAUCUUGACCAAAACCAUGCCCAUUCUGCUGGAUCUUGCGUUGAGAAGAAGCUCAGGCUUUUUGGGUUUGAGCUGAGCCCAAGCAAGAAUGAGGACAGCUCCAUCAAAGGCUCUGCAGAAGGAGAUGAGAGUGUAAAUUCAUCGAACUCCAUUUCGUAUGGAAGGGAGGUUCAUAUGAACAAACCUGCCAGCAAUGAUAAAAGCUCAACCAGUGAAGCAGAUGACAAGAAGUUUGAGUGCCAAUAUUGCUUCAAGGAAUUUGCAAACUCACAGGCAUUGGGAGGUCAUCAGAAUGCGCACAAGAAGGAGAGGAUGAAGAAGAAGAGGCUUCAGCUUCAAGCCAGGAAGGCCAGCAUCAACUAUUACCUCCAGCCUUUCCAAACCAACCUUGGCAAUGGCCUUGCUUUUCACCAUGGCUCUUCACCAUCUUCAUGGUUUUAUGACCCUUCCUCAUAUGUUGUAAACCCUGAUCAGUUUACACUACAUGAAGAAGCCCAGAUCAGUUUCAACCCGUUUGAUCAAAAUGGAUCAAGUGGGUCCCAGGUAUCCAAUUGGUAUGCUCUGCCACCUCAGUUCUCUUCCCAAACAGAUGAACAAGAUGCAUCUAAUAACAAGUUCACUUUAACACAAACAGACAGAUCGGGAGAAAGCAGGCCUGUCGUCUUUAAGCCUUCCCCCUUAUCUGCUUCAACUCAAAGCUGUAAACCUUUGAAUCUUCAGUUAGGCCUAGGCUUGCCAUCAAAGAUACGAAGAUCCUCUAGAAGUGAAGUUUAA